AAAUAAGUAAUCGCAUCAGGUAUUUUAUUGUUUCUGUAAUAUAUACAACGCUAAGCUGUCAUAUAAUUUAUGGGAACACAUACAGGAAAAUGAUAGAACAGUUAAAUUCGUGCAAAGUAUCUCAAUCGGCCAACGCCAAUUUUUGAAAUGAAGCAAGGUCUCAUUUCGUAAUAGCUGGGCAAUCAUCCUAGCAUUGAUCUACUGUGCCAAUGCAUUGGUCUUAAUGAAACACCACAAGUCACCUGUCCAAUAUGCAGCAACUAGCAGCAUGGUACCAGAAAAAGAUCAGUUCUUACGACAAGGAAGAAUGGGAGACAAUGGUUGAGCAGCUACUUAUGCGGGGCACCUACCGACGCCGCAUCGUAGAUUUCUCCACUCAUGCUCGGUCCUACCUUAUAGAUGUAGACUUGGUCAGAGGAUCAUCAUUUCCUAAAGCAAAGCCCACACUGGGCAUGCGUCGCGUGGUAUGGUUCGCUCUCGUGAGGUUGGUGUUCCUGCCCGCUCUAUAUCAAUGGUGGGCUCAACAGACCUCGCCAACAUGUGCAAAGUUCCUAUUGGGCUUAUGGCUAAUACAGGUGCUGAACAUUACACUGUACCUGAUAACGCCAUUGGAUGUUGAUGCCAACUGCUGGUUAGUCCCUAUGGGUCUCAUGUUGGUGUUGAGUGUGGUUCACUCGCAAAUUGUCAGCACUACAGAAAUGGAGUUAGCAAGGAUCCGCCCUCGUUCUACCUAUCGCAGAAAGUUGCCACGAUAUUUCAAAACACGUUCAGACUGCGAUGGUGGAAGCGGCGGCGGGUCAGGUGAAAGUGGCGCUACGUCUAGUCAGGGUAAAACUCCUACAACUAAAUCAUCUAAAUUUAGACGUCGACAAUCUAGAUCUGAUAUUGCCGAUAAUGGACUCAGGAAACGCAAGAAAGAACUUACUAAAGAUAAUUUAGUGAAAAACUUAGAACCACCUAAAUCUAAAUCUUUAGUCAAAAUAAAAGCUAAAGAUUCUGAUGAUGAAGACUAUAUGGCUUGGAAAAAACCGGAUUUAACUGCUCCAGUAGUGACGUUUACGCCGCCCCCUGAUGACGCCACACCUAGCUCUUCGUUAGCGUACAAGACAAAUGUAUUGACAAAAAAACAAUUGGACACUUUUAAUGUACGGCAGAAUCAACAAGUGAACGUAGCUAGAGCGAUACUUCCCGACGGUGACGAUGGGUUUGAAAGCCUUAAUGGAUAUAACUCCAAUGGCAGUGAUGGAGAAAACAAAACCAAAGAUGUUGAACAAAAAAAAGACAAAGGUGAAAUUUUCCAAAAGGCUAGUAAAGAUACGGAGCCAUGUGAAGCUAAAGUUACUAAUAAAGUAGAGAAUAUUUAUAGGAAUAUUAACAAAUUGAAAAAGGAAGAAGAUGAGAAAUCCAUUGACCCUGAGUCUGAUACUGGUAAUCCGACAAGCAGCCCUAGUGCAAGAAAACGGAUUAGAUUCAGAGGACCGCGAGCGAAAGAGAAUCAAGAAUCUAGUGAUGAAGAUUUUUCUACCGUCAAAAAGAAAAGCAAGAAAUUAGAGAAUUACCAGUCCUCGUCAUCCGAUGGCGAGUGUUCGGCUUCGGCGCCAUCCAUCGCCUUACCAUCGCAUCAUACUAUGUCUGACUGGGUUGGCCAAACCACUAACAGUGAAGAAAGCAACUAUGAAUCUCAAUCGGAAGGCGGCAAUUCAGAUGUGGGCUUUCACUAUGCCGCGGAUAGUUCCUGGGAUCCGUUCGCUUUGUUGGAUCCAUCCAGUGAUACAGUGAAAUGCACGAUGUGGGAGCGUGGAUCGACACUCCGCGCGGAGCUGUCUGCGGUGGACAUCAGCUGGUACGUGGUGGCCCGGGCCGAGAGAGCCAUGGCCGCAUCCGGCAGCCUAUGGCCUGGCUUGGCCAUGGCCGGGGUCGUGGCAUACUUCGCACCCUUCUCUAGACUCUUGCAGGUGGCAAUAGAACACGAUACAAGAAGCGAAGAGGAACUUCAUACGCAAUCAAUUUUCACAUACAUUCCAUCUCUAAUUGUUAACUACAGCAAAGGUUCUCUAUUAGCGUUACUGAUUGGCUCGUUUGGUGAUAAUAUUUGGGAAAUAUCAACAAACCUACUGUCUCUUAUCCUGCGAUUCUCACUAAGCGGUCUGGUAUUCUUCCUGUUAGCCGUGGCAGAAAGGGCCUUUAAACAACGCUUCUUGUAUGCGAAACUGUUCUCCCAUCUAACGUCCGCCAGGCGUGCGCGCAAGUCGGAAUUACCGCACUUUAGACUCAAUACAGUGAGAAACAUCAAGACUUGGUUGUCUACGCGGUCGUACUUACGGCGUCGUGGACCGCAACGUUCUGUCGACGUGAUAGUCUCCGCAGCGUUCGUCCUCACUUUGACAUUACUGGCGUGCGUUAGUGCUCAACUGCUAAGGGACUCUGUGACAUUGGAGCAUGGGUGGCUACUAGAAGCGUUGGUGUGGAGUGCUUGCCUCGGCAUCUGUCUUCUCCGGCUCGUAACUUUAGGCAGCAACAUCAACCGAAAAUACCGCGGUUGUUUAUCAGCCAUACUCACAGAACAAAUCAACCUCCAUCUUGCCAUAGAACAACGGCCAGAGAGCAAAGAGCAGUUAACAGUCGCGAAUAAUGUACUCAAGUUAGCGGCUGAUCUCUUGAAGGAGCUGGAUGCGCCUUUCAAGAUAUCAGGAAUAUGUGCCAAUCAUUAUUUAUACACCAUUACUAAAGUAGUAAUUUUGUCUGCAUUAUCAGGCGUAUUGUCUGAAAUGUUAGGAUUCAAGUUGAAAUUACACAAAAUAAAAAUCAAGUAAUUUAUCUGUGUAAAACAUUUAAGGAAAAUAAACGUGCCAGUAUAUCUUACGUAGUGCGCAUAGGCACAUAUUAGCCAAUUUAUAAGACACAUUUAAUGCUGACACAGUCUCGUAGUUCAAUAUUUGACUUCCUUGAUCAUAGUUUUAUAUAAAUAGAUAACACCACCCGCCGACAUUAACUUUUUAACGGACACAAGCACAAUUCAAAAUCACCAAGGAAUAAGAAUACCCUUUUCGCAAUACGUUACGUUUAAAUACGUACAUUUUUAUUACGCUUGUGUACGAAAUUAAUAGACGACAAAGAGCACUUAUCUUUCUCGCUCUAAUUUCAAAUGUUUUGUUUGGUUGUGCUAUAAAAACAAACUUCUUAUUUCGUUUACAUUUUCUUCAAACCACAUGUCCGCCCUGGGAAUCGAAUGAUACUUAUGUAUCAGGAAGGUAAAUCUACCACAGAGGUGGCAAAAAAGUGUGUAAGAGACGUGGCGUUUGGUAUACAACAUGUAAAAAUGUAUUAAGAAAUGAUGGAAAUAUUAAUCAAGUUUUAAAUAGGUCACAAAUUAAUAAUGUAUUUAACUAGCUGUUUCCUGUGUUUUUCACAAAUGUUGCAACAGUUUUAAUAGACUUUUAUCUUAAAUCAAAUUUUGAUUACUAAUAUAAAAUAAUAAACUUGGUAGUUAUAGAAAUACUUUGCCUUAUUUUGGUGUUUUGCCUUUAUGGGAUAUUGUUUAUGGACCAUGGAGGCUCUAGCUUUUCAAUUAAUCGUAAUGAUGCGAAAAUUAAGUGUACUCUAAUCAAAAACAGUGAUAAUUCAAAUUUAUGUAAGGUAAUAUAUAUAAUGCCUACAUUCAUAAAUCUUAUCAGGGUAAAUCUUACACGAAUUUUGUGUUUUAUAUCAAAAAAUUAAGCUGUUGUUUUUCUAUAAAAUGUUUAAUUUAUGAUAAUUUCAUAAUUUACAACAACUAAAUUGGCAUAUUUUGUGGCAUUUUCGUUCUCCUCGUACCUAUUAAUUAUUUACAAGGAUUUAUAUUAACUUAUGCUGAGCAGACAUUAAGUUUGAUCUCAUUUUAUUCAUAUAUUCAUACAAUAUAGACUAGUUUAAAAGUAGUCAAACAUUAUGUAACACAUUAGUAAACUACAUUUGCACUAUGAAAGAUAAUAUUUAAUACAUUAUUUACAUUAAACUCUUUACAUACCUAGAUAGAUUCAAGUUUUUUCAAGUUUGUGAUAUUUCAAUCGAGAUAUAUUCGAUUAUAUUGUAGAGAAAUUGUAUUAUAAUGUUCCUAGUAUUUAUAUUUGGUUGCGUAGUUUGCUUUUACAAAAAUCUAUUACAGAGCAUAUGACCUUUAUUACAUGAAGCUAUAUUUUGUGAAUUCUCUGUUGUUCUACCAAUUAUUAUUUUUUAUUUUAUAUUUUUCAAUUAUACACAGGUACAGGUUACCUACUUCAUUGGAUAUAUUAAUAUAAUUAUUAAUGGUGCUCCAUUUCCUAUUUUUAGUUAAUUUUAAGAAAAAUGCCAUUUUGUGUUAUUAUAAUUUUUAAACAUGUGUAAAAUAGAAAAAAUAUUAAAUGUUAGUAGCAUGAAAUGCAAGACUUAGUAAAACAUUGACAAUGGAAUAAAAAUAGGUUUGUUUUUUUCUUUCUCAUCAUGGCGUGUUC